AGUGCAGUUUCCUCCGGGUGCGCUGCAGGCGAGGCAGGCUCUCCUCUCCCUCCCUCUCCUUUGUGCGACUUGGCUUGGAAAGCUCCUCCUCGCCCGCCCUUUUUGACUGGCGUCCAGAUGGCGUGAUCGGGGGACGGAAGCGGUUCAGAUCCGGGAUAAUGGCCCCCAUGGGACAGCUCUGGGGGCUGCUGGGGGUGGCAGUGCCCCUCCUGAUGGAGGUCGGGCUUGGAGGCGCUCCUUCGCACUCGCUUAGCUAUCUCUUCACGGUGGUGUCGGAGCCUGGCCCGGGUCUGCCCCAGUUCAUGGUCAGCGGCCACUUCGACGGCCAGCUCUUUGCUUCCUAUGACAGCGAGAGGCGGAGUGGAGUCCCCCGGACGGAGUGGAUGGAGGAGAUGGUGGAGCUGGACCCCGGGUACUGGGACUGGCUGAACCGGAACGCGAGGAACUCGGAGCAGAUCUUCAAGUGGCAGAUAGGCACCGUGAUGCGCCACUACAACCACAGCGGAGGGCUCCACACCAUGCAGUGGGUUUUCAGCUGCACCCUGAGCGAAGACGGACGCAAGGGAGGCUCCAACAAGUUCAGUUACGAUGGGAAGGAGGCCCUGAGCUUUGACAAGGAGACCCUGCGUUGGACGGCCAGUGACGCUGUGGCUGAGGGCUACAAAGAGAAGUGGGAGGCCGAGGCCGGGCGAACCCAGCGCUCAAAGGUCUACCUGGAGGACAAGUGCAUCUCCAUGCUGCACAAACACCUGGAUGUGAGGAAGGGGGUGCCCAGGAAGAGAGUGGCUCCAGUUGUGAAGGUGACCCACAAGGCGGGCAUCGGAGGCCUGGAGACUCUGGUCUGCCACAUCCACGGCUUCUACCCAAAGGACAUCGAUGCCACGUGGAGGAAGGACGAGGAGGUCCGGGAGCAGGAAACCCUCCGAGGGAAUAUCACCCCGAACUCAGAUGGGACCUAUAAUACCUGGAUCAGCAUUGAGGUUGACGAGAAGGACAGGGACAAGUACCAGUGCCACGUGGAGCAUGACAGCCUGCCGGAAGGGGCCGGAUCCGAUCUGGAUUUCCCUGUGGUGGAAUGUGGCGCUCCGAUUCUUCCCUGGAUCAUUGUAGGAAGCGCCUUGGUGUUGAUCCUGAUCGUGACAUUGAUUGUCAUCAUCCUCAAAAAGCGAGGCAGUCAAAACGCUCCAGCGACGAAUGCUGAAAUGCAGGAAAUGAAUCCACCUCAAAGGAGACGUCGUAUUUGCAUCUCCGUUGCAGAAUGAGGAUGGUUUCUGAAGCUCUCCUGAGCAUCCCAGAACAAAGACUAUUGGCGUUGGGAGUUGUACUGGGCUUCCAGAUGAGACCAAAGGACCAUAUCGUCGGCGUAGAUUCAUAGUUGUUGGAAACAGUCCUCCAAAAGUGAUCAUCUUUGGGUUUGGAUGAAAGUUCUGGCUGGGCUUCUCUCUCCUGUGCCAAUCAGACUCUGUUUAUAUGAAGUAUCUAUGGGUGCUUCCAGACAGCACCAAAUCACAGGUUUUAGUCAGGGGCAAAAAAUCCCGGGACCUGAGAAGAGGUCCACAUACAGACCAGUUGGUCCUCUGAUUUCUGCCUCUGUCAUCCACACUUGCUGUUUUGUCCUGGGAUUUUGCAGCCCCUAAGAUGGCUGCUACGGGACGUCUGCCAGAAAUUUCAGUGAUUUUUUAAAAUCUUAAGAUGCAAAUAUGUGAAUCAUUGUAUAAGUUCUGCUCCUGGGAUAUAGAGUUUGUGUGGCCAUCUGUGCAGACAAGUUUGAUUGUGUUUUUGUGCCUGGGAACUACAAGGUGCUGUUCCUGGGUUAGACAUGUCUGUUCCUGAUUGCAGUUAUUGUGAAAAGAUGUACAACGUUGACUACAGGAUGACACCUUUGUCCUAACAAGAGAAAAUUUGACAACCACAUGUUUAAUGAAGUUUCUAGCACACAAACAAAGUUUCUGGAAUAGGACCAUUACUUUUGAAGGCAAUACUACCCAAACAAACAGGAACACACACUUUCAAGCCAGGAACAGAACUUAGUCCUUAUUACCACUUUUAGAGGCUGCCUGGCCAUUUGUGCAGACAGGUUUUGUGAUGUACUUGUGGCACGGAACAGCGGGGUGAUGUUCCUGGGUUAUACAUGUCUGUUCCUCAUUGCUUUUGUCAUAAAAACACAGGAAAAGAUAAUUACAUGGCAAAACCUUUGUUUGUAUGUCACAAACUUCAUUAAACAUGGAGGAUGAAGUUUCUCUUGCCAGAUAAAGUUUUUGCCCUCUAGUCAACUGUUGCCAUGUUUUUUGGAUAGAAUUGAUCAGGAACCAACAUGUAUAACCCAGGAACAAACCAACAUUUAAAAAAUCACAUAUUUUCUGAUAUAUUACCACCUACUCAGGAGCUACAUCAGCUUUGACUCUGCCUACUUGGCUUUACUAUUGAUCCAAAACCUGUGGAGUCCUGAGGAAUCCCUCCAGAACUGCAGAGACUCUGAAUCGGUUUGCCUUUAAGCCAAUCCAAUCCUUUUAGGACUGUGGAGAAUUCUAUCAUUUUGUUUGAUUUAUAAUACUGAGUUAGAUACUUUUGAGUUAUAUACCUUAGGACUGAGUAUUGUUUCUGUGAAUGUUAUAUGUAUAUGAUGCUCUAAUAUACAUAUUGUGUACUACUUAUGUGUUGAACCACUAUUGUGUUAUACAGUUCAUUACACUAUAAAACCCACGGCAGGACAGUCAAGUGUGGUACUCCGCCUUUGUAAUUUGUAAUCCGUUCCUUAGUGUUUUCUGCAGAUGAUACUAUUGUAUUUUUCUCUCUUUUCCUCUCCUUUCUACCCUGUUUCCCUGAAAAUAAGACAUCCCUUGAAAAUAAGACCUAGUAGAGAUUUUGCUGAAUUGCUAAAUAUAAGGCCUCCCCUGAAAGUAAGACCUAGCAAAGUUUUUGUUUGGAAGCAUGCCCGCCGAACAAAACACCAGAGCAUGCAGGAUCGGAAAAUGUAUGUACCAUAGAGUGUGUACAUGGAAAUAAUGGCAGUAACAAGAAAUUCUUGAUAGGAUUCAAAGUUUGUCUGGUUGUUCUGAUUUGUAAUGACAACUACUGUACAUGUUCAUUUUUUGUUCAGCAAUCAAUGUGAAUUCUUCUUCAUGGAAAAGUAAGACAUCCCCUGAAAAUAAGACCCAGCGCAUCUUUGGGAGCAAAAAUUAAUAUAAGACACUGUCUUAUUUUUGGGAAACACAGUAGAAAAGCAAUGCAAUCAAAACCAUCCAGAAACAACUAGUUUCUAGUUUCUGAUUGGGAAUAGAGACUAGAAAUAUUUGGGCACUGUACCUCAACAUCCAAUUAUUCAAUUUAUUUCAAUAUUUUUAAUUUAUUAAUGACGUAUUAGAUGAAGGAGAUUUUAUUGACAGUCAGAGCAUAAGCCAUUGAUGUUUCUAUCAAGUUUGGAAGGGAUCAGGCCAGGAAAUUUUACUUGAUUAAGUAUUUCAAGUUAACAAAGUUGCUGAUACAGGAUGCCGGAGAUAAAUAUUGAAAUUAUAUGAGUCCAAAACAAUCUCAGUGAAUUACUAUGAAGGAUACAUGACACAAAAUCAAAUAUAAUAUCUGUGUGGCAUGUGUUUCUUGACUUUGUGUGGACUCACAAAACUAUGGAUAAGUGGAAACUCAAUUGAAACGAAGGACUUCCAGCCCAAGAGUAUCAUAGAGUCACGUUGGAGGACCUAAAAAUGCUUAGAGGGGGCAUUUUUUGUUGUACAUGGGUAAAUGAAACUGUGGAUACUGGUCCUUUAAACACAAGCCAAGAGUAUAAAUGUUUUGUGUAGUGGGCCACAGGGUCUUUGGGAAUUUGAGUUGGAGUGGCCCACUACACAAAACAUUUAUACUCUUGGCUUGUGUUUAAAGGACCAGUAUCCACAGUUUCAUUUACCCAGGCCUGUCUGGUCGAAAUAAAUCUGCAUUUUUCUUUUCUCACUUCAAGCAAGGCUUGUUGUGUUUCCUAAGAACCAACCAUAACGUUAUCUGCUGGUUCAGGUAUCCACAGGAGAUUUUGAUACCUGUAAAUACCUGGGAUGUUGGAGUAUGGUUGUAUUUGUAUGAAAUGUAAAUCAAGUGUUUACUGCUGAUGAGCUAGAGUGUGUAUUUUCAGUAAUGAAAUAGUUAACAGCAGGCUAGUUUUGACUGACAGCCUGUUGUGAUUGCUAUGACCUAUGAGAAUUGAUUUCCUGCCUUUGAGGGUUGGAACUUCCUCUGGACUGAGGAAUGUUGUUUAUCUUUUCUGUGUAGUUCGGCUUGAGCUUUCUCUGAAGAUGGACUAUGAAUGCUAUGCUCUGAAGCCGAGAAAUGCAAACUGUAAAUAGACAUGUAAAUAAAGUUAAUCAACAGUUGGA